AAGAGGAAGUUGGAGGCGGGUCCUAGCGGGGCGUGAACCGGAAGUGCAAACGUCCUGCUUCUCCCCCAGCCAGGCGGAACCUGUUCGGCUGGGCCCAGCGGCUGCAAAAGAACUUUCUCCCGCCCCAACGGUCGUCGCGGCCCACAGCCUCGCCCACGCGGCGGCCCGAGGCGCGUCGUUUCCUCGUGUCCCCUUGUUGGGCGUACCCGCCACUUGUGCCCGGCCUGCCGGCCCAGCCCGCUGCAGUGAUGUGCGACAAGGAGUUCAUGUGGGCCCUGAAGAACGGAGACUUGGACGAGGUGAAGGACUAUGUGGCCAAGGGAGAAGAUGUUAACCGGACACUAGAAGGUGGAAGGAAGCCUCUUCAUUACGCAGCAGAUUGUGGACAGCUGGAAAUCCUGGAAUUUCUGCUGCUGAAAGGAGCAGAUAUUAAUGCUCCAGAUAAACAUCAUAUUACCCCUCUUCUGUCUGCUGUCUAUGAGGGUCAUGUUUCCUGUGUGAAAUUGCUUCUGUCAAAGGGUGCUGAUAAGACUGUGAAAGGCCCAGAUGGACUGACUGCCCUUGAAGCCACUGACAACCAGGCAAUCAAAGCUCUUCUCCAGUAAUGGAUGGAUGGACUGAUAACUUGGGAAGAAUAACUCUCCUGUGGCCUCACACUGCUGCCUGUCUGUCUGUCACUUUCUAUCUGCCAGCUUCUUCAGCUAAAUACUUUAAGAAGGGUGAGAGGAGAGAGAAAUUCAUAACAAGUCAGACUACCAAAGGGGGAAAACGUGUUUUGGAGGAGCAGUGGGGAAUGUAAUCGGGCUUUUACUGGGAUUCCUGAUCAAACCAGCCUCUUUUCCAUUUCUAGUAAAAUAUACAGCUUAUAUUCCCAAGGGAGAGCAAAAAUACAGUGUGGGGAUCAUUGGACCUUCUCAGCUCCCUAGCUAAUUUAUUAAUUAGUGUGUUGAAGGUCUGGCCAUACAAGGCCGACUCUACUUAUUGGGCAGCCCUAGCUGUGAACAGUAAUGGCUGCUGUUAAUGUCAACUUAGGGUGCUGAGAUAAGCAAUUAGCUACAGCCUUCUGCCUUAAGAAUGCACUCUCCUGGGGGUUUCUGGCUAGGUAAGAGCGCUGCUAUGGUUAGUGACCAAAAUCUUGAAUGACUUAAAUAUUUUUGUGAAAGCUCAGAUAAGUAGCGCACCCCUAAAUUGCUGGAUGACUAAACUUUGGAUUUUCUCUCCCCUUUCACAUCAAUUUUAUGUCUCGUUAGAUAAAACUGACUAGUUUUAUUUAUAAAAUGUUAAAUUCUAGGAGCCUAAAGGAGGAAUCAUUCCAGUAUGCUUAUUUCUUUUUUUUUUUCUCCUUUAGACUUAGACAUUUAUAUAACAUUGAAACACUUUGAGACUCCUGCUGGUAGUAAAAGGAGAUUUAAAAAUAAAUCAUAGCCAUAAACGUGUUAGUAUCUUAUAAAGAGAGAACAGUUGUCUUAGUACUUACGGAUUGUCUUCAUUUGCUGUUUGAGUGAAUCAGCCUUAGUUGUGUUUUGAGAAUGAAGAAUAUUCUUUGGGAUGCCUCUCUGAGACCUACCAUGGAUGCUGAUUUUUUUUUUUUAUUUUUUAUUUUUAGUGCACCAAAGCUAUCACUGGGGUGAGAUGCACUAUUUGAAUAGAUGGAACCUCAUCCCUUCAAAAAUGUGCUUGUUACCAGGUCUCCCUGAGCUGUUGAUUGACUCUAGCUGGGCCAACACUGCUUCACCUCUGUAGUGUUUUUUCUUUUAACAAUCAUACAUUGCAUACAAGUGACAACUUCACAAUACAGUCUGUGUUCUUAGAAUACAGUGCCCUAAAAUGGUGUUCUUAGGACCUGCAGAAAAUUUAGACUUAUCUCUAAAUUUUAAUUCAUGAAUGAUAAAUGAUUAAAUUUGAUAUCCUACAUUUAAAGUAUUAGGAUUUCUUUGACUUGCCAUUCAUACAGGCUUACAAAAACUAUUACAGUCUUUCCUUAGCCAAGUCAUGCAAUAAUUGAAUGUACCUCAAAUUUUUAAAGGGUGGGUGGGAUAGGGACUUAUAUUCAGAUUAUGGAUAAUUAAAAAACUAAUAUGAUUUUUUUUAAGGCAAUGUAGCAUUCUAUUAAUAGUUAAACUAUUACCACGAACAGCCUGGCUAAAUAACUUUUGAUCAGUUGAUGGAUGGAUGGUUGGUGUGUGUGUGUGUGUGUGUGUGUGUGUGUGUGUGUGUGUUUUCUCCCAUGAACUCUUUUUUAUCCUGUGGCUUUUUCACUUUCAACUAGCCUGACCCUGUAAUUUUUCUAUGUCCAAGAAAACAAUCAUGAAACAGUAGUUUAAAUAUUUUGGUGUAUUUGGCUAACUCUGCUGUCUUAAUGCAACCUACUAGAGUUGGACAUCCUACACUUGAUCUUAGCCAAAAGGCCACAAAGCUUAGAGUUGGACAUCCUGAUAGUAAGUGGAGGACACUCAUCAGUCUGUAACUAUCAAUGUAAUGGAACAGGGUGUUUUUGAGACCUUGGUUUUCACCUCCUGGCAUACUGCUAUUUUAAAGGCUUGAAUUUUAACCCUUUACACAAUUUUUGGUUUUUCUUUCAGAGUGUUUUGUUAGAGUUGGCUAUUGCAGAGAAUAUAUUGUCUUAUCAUUCCUAACCUUGGGUCUGCUUUCUACAGUCAUUAUGGUACUGAAACCAUAGGAUUCUUUGUACAGUUUAUCCUGGUGUUCCUUGUAAUGCAGUAAGGGACUGUUUUGCCUCCCACCCCCCUUUGUUGGCCAUUUUGUAAACCGUAGCUAUGAAGUGAUUGCUUGCAAAAAUAGCAUAUAAACAUAGACUAGGAUAGACUGACCAGGAUGGUUUACAGUUUCUUUAAAAAAUAAAAUAAAAAAUAAAAAAACUAGGUUAUUUAUAAUGUAUUUCUGAAUCACUUGGCAGAGAAAUUCAUGACACUUAAUGUUAAUAUUUUUGAAUAAAGGAAGCUAAAAUGUCUGCUUUUGGUACUACAUGCAUUAAUAAAAGGUUAAGUUUUGUUCUCCACUAAAGUACUAUUUAACAUCUAGAAAAAAUCUGCAUGUUCUAUAGUUUUAUAUCAGAUCCAUCAUUUCAUAUGCACUGUAUCAAAUAAAAACAGAUAAUUUGCCUAUUGGUGGUUAGCGUACUAACAAAUCCCCCCACAGCUUCAUGCCGGCAUCUAUAGAUUUGAGUUCUAAUACAGCACUUGCAUAUCCCAGCUCACCUGUCUGGAAGCAGCUGCACACGAAGAAAGGCAGUAACUGCAGCAUGUGGAAGCUCAAACUAGUAGCCUUCUAGUCAUUUCUUCUUUUCCCCCGAUAACGAAGCUUCAAUUUGUGUGUACUUGAUUUUUUUUUAACUUCAGCUCAGCUGCUGUUUUCUUCAUGUAAUAUUGUAUACUUGGUUGUGUAUAGAAGAAGCUGGUAAGAGUGCCCUCCUACAUAAAUAAGCAAUUGCAGUGUUUUGCAUGCAAAAUUUAAAAAUUUAAAUUGUCCUGAUUCUAUUUUGUAAAUGGAGAAACAAUCAAUCUUUCUAAGCAGUAUGGAGGAAGACUAGUGCUCUGUGCAUUUUUGGUAUAUCUGAGUUCAUGGUUACACAAUGUCAUUCCUUUGACACAGUUGGGUUUUUCAUAAGUAUCCUAGUUCAUGUACAUCCGAAUGCUAACUAAUACUGUGUUUAAGUUUCGUGUUGCAAGAACAAAUGGAAUAAACUUGAAUUGUGCUACA